AUGAAUCCCCUCCUCCACUCAAACAGUUUCUAGAUGAACCAGAAAUUGUCACCACCAUAGACACUGGGUAUAGAUAUCUUUAUAAUGUAGCCUGUCUUAGUGAUAAAAAAAUCUGGACAAGUGGAUAUGACAGUACCAUGAAACUAUUCAGCAUCAAUCAGGGAUCCCUACUCAAGACAAUCACAACCAAAUCAGGAAAUAUGCCGUAUGCCAUGGUAGUGAGAAAAAAUACAGAUCUAGUAUAUACUGAUUAUGAUGAUAGAACUGUGAACAUUGUGAAGAAUGAGAAGAUAGAGGAAGUAAUCAGACUACAGAACUGGAGACCUCAUCGUGUAUGUAGUACUUACUCUAGUGACCUCCUGGUUACCAUGGACAGUGAUGACAACAAACAAUCAAAAGUUGUCCGUUACUCUGGCUCCACAGAGAAACAAACUAUUCAGUUUGAUGACAAAGGUAAAAAUCUCUAUUCGACUGGUUCUCCUUACUUCAGAUGCAUUAAAUACAUCAGUGAGAACAGGAACUUGGAUGUCUGUGUGUCUGAUGAUGGAGCUAGAGCAUUAGUGGUGGUUAAUCAGGCCGGGAAACUUAGAUUCAGGUACACUGGACAUACUCCUGUCCCAAAUAACCUACCAUUCAGCCCUCGAGGAAUCACCACAGACAGUCAGAGUCAUAUCUUAACUGUUGAUUGCAAUAACCACUGUGUCCACAUCAUAGACCAGGAUGGACAGUUUCUCCGUUAUAUAGACUGUGGCCUCAGAUAUCCAUGGGGACUCUGUAUAGAUACAAUCGACAAUCUAUUUGUUGCUCAAUGGCAAAACAAUCAAGUGAAGAAAAUUAGAUAUUACUAG